AUGACGACGACUCAGACGGUGCAAGCAUUGGUGCUGCAUGGCGCGAAAGACCUUCGGCUGGAGACAAGACAACCGCCUGCUCUACGACCCGACGAAGUACAAAUAGCAGUGAAAGCCACAGGCAUAUGCGGUUCAGAUCUGCACUACUACAACCACGGCCGUAAUGGAAACUUUGUCGUCCAGGCACCGCUCGUUCUCGGCCACGAAGCAUCAGGCGUCGUGACCGCUCUCCCAGAACUCAUGGAUGGUGCCACGAAUGGUGCACUUUUUUUUCCAACUUUGAAAGUAGGCGACAGGGUAGCUAUGGAGGUCGGCUUUCCCUGUCGAGCCUGCAAUCUGUGCUCGAUUGGCAGAUACAACUUGUGUCCAAAGCUCUCUUUUCGGUCCUCCGCAAAGACUUUCCCGCAUGCGGAUGGCACGCUACAGACGCUGAUCUCACAACCAGCCAGCAUGUGCCAUCAAUUGCCCGACAAUGUCACUUUCGAGCAAGGAGCCCUCAUCGAGCCUUUGGCUGUUUCGUUGCAUGCAUUGAACAGAAGCCAGAGUGCAGGAUCCGGGGUCGGGGUACCUUUGGUCGGCUCAACGGCUUUGAUCCUAGGUGCGGGCGCCGUGGGAAUGCUGACAGCUGCUGCAUUGUCAGUAGCCGGUGUUUCUGAAAUUGUGAUUGCAGACAUUGAUGCUCCUCGAUUGAAGAUUGCCGCAGGCUUGGGCGGAGGCCGGUUCAAGCUGAAGACAUUUCUUCUCCCCAGAAAAUCACCUGCACCAACGAUGGAGGAGACAUUGGCGGGUGCUCAAGAGCUUGCAGCAGAAGUGAGCAAAUCGGCAGGCCUGGAUUCAGGUUUUGAUCGAGUGUUUGAAUGCACGGGUGUUCCUUCAUGCGUCCAGCUAGGUCUCUUCGCAACAACAGCGGGCGGAAAGCUGGUGCUGGUCGGAAUGGGUACACCGACACAGACCCUUCCCCUAGGAGCCGCUGCGCUGAGAGAAGUCGAUAUUAUCGGUGUAUUCCGGUAUGCCAACUGCUAUCCCGCAGCUAUAGCGCUUUUUGCUAGUGGCAAGCUAGACGGGGUCGCAGAAGACCUUGUCACCCACCGUGUUGCGCUCGUGGACGGAGAGAAAGCGUUUAGAUUGGCAUCGAAUCAAGCAGAGGAAGGCGAGGAUGAAGGGAGGGUACCGGUGAAGGUUGUUAUCACAUCGUGA